AUGGCUGCUGCAGGUUCCUGUCGUCACACGAGCCACAUGGAAAUUAUUUUUGUAUUCCUUGAGGGGAAUGAUGGACCCUGGAGCAGCUUUUAUCUUCGCGUGGGGUCCCCGGAGCAGUCCGUUCGAGUGCUUGUCUCUACGGCUUCCCCGGAGUCAAUGGUCGUCUUGUCAGACUAUGGUUGCUCUAAUUCAGUGUUUUCCAACGCGCCAUCAGACUGUGCAGUUUCCAGGGGAACCUUGUUCAAUGCGAACCAGUCCUCUAGCUGGGACGAGCUGGGUCUUUUCGGUAUUAACCAGAAUGGGGUUGGUCUCGAGGCCAACCUUGGAUACUCUCAAAGAGCAGACUUUAGUCUAGAUACUCUGAGUAUUGGUCUCACUGGUCCGACGCUUAAAAAUCAGACUGUCGCCGGGAUUGCAACUCCUAAACCUUUUUAUCUUGGAAUAUUCGGCCUGAAUCCGCAGCCCGUCAACUUUACCUCUCUGGGAAAUUUCUCUUCGCCCUCAUACUUUACUACCCUCAAAGAUGAAGGCACCAUUCCGAGUCUCAGCUGGAGCUAUACGGCCGGCGCCAAGUAUCGCUUGAAACAAGUCUAUGCUCAACUCAUCUUCUCCGGAUAUGAUACAUCUCGAUUCACUGCGAACUCAGUAUCAUUCUCCAUGGCCGAUGACGUCACCCGUGACCUAGUUGUUUAUCUUCAGUCCAUCAGCUAUAGUGGAUCAACUUCAGCUAUAUUACUAUCGGAUCCAAUUUUGAUAUUCAUUGACUCCACCGACCCCAACCUCUGGCUUCCGGAAGCUGUCUGUGACGCAUUCGAACAGGCCUUCGGGCUUACCCUCGAUAGUGAGAGUGGUCUAUACUUAGUAAAUGAUACUCACAAUACCGAAUUACUCAACUCGAAUGCGCAGGUCACAUUUCGACUUUCCGAUGUGGCUUCCGGCGGAGACGCCGUGACGAUCACCCUUCCGUAUGAUGCCUUUGCUCUGACUGCACAAGCUCCGCUAGUCGACAACAGCAGCUACUAUUUCCCGCUGAAACGUGCAGCCAACUCAACUCAGUAUACUUUGGGUCGAGCUUUCUUGCAAGAAGCAUAUCUCUCAGCCGAUUACGAGCGAGGCAUCUUCAAUGUAUCGGCAUGCGCUUGGGACGAAAACGCGGAGGAACACAUCGUCACUAUCAGUUCCAAGGAUUCUGACUCCGCCUGCUCGGGAAACUCAUGCCCGUCCGCUGGAGGGAGUUCCGACGACUCUUCGUCCCUGAGUAACGGCGCAGUGGCUGGUAUCGCGAUUGCGGCACUGGUUGGAGUCGCCAUUCUCGCGGCGGUCUUGUUCUUUUUCAUCCGCCGUCAACGCCAAAAGACGGCAUACAAAGCGACUCUGCCAGAGACAGAUGUAUCUGUCCUUUCCGGCCCGGUGCACAACGCUCCCCCUCCUCCUCCAGAGUCGUCAGACGAUUCUGCAUCGCAGACAAGAUUCUGGUCUCCGGAAGCCAUCCUGAACAGUGUUAGUGACAGUAAUUAUGGCCAAAGUAGCAGCAGUGGCGGGAAUGGGAACCAUGAGCAGAGUGUUGAUGAGAAUGGGAUGGAAUUAGAUGGCGACGGAACACAGAUCCAGCCAGUUUAUCACGAAUUGGAUGGCAGUGAAGUCGGAAAGUGA